UUUCCCUGCCAAUUUUUGCUUUUUGUUUCAUCUGGGUGGAGCUCAAGAACUGUCCAGUCAGAUCUUUCUGGAUGUGCUAUAAAGCCUCCUGGGUGCAGGCUAGGGACUCAAACCUGCUUCGCCAUGAACUCCAUCAACCUCUACCUUGUCGUGCUCCUAGCCUUCUGGGGUGAGCUGGCACCUGUCUUUGGUCAGAAACGUCCAGAGAAGCCUGGGCAAUGUCCUGGGGCUCAGCCAGGUAUGGUCGGACCCUGCGUGGUGAACUGUGAGGAUGACUGGUCAUGCUCUGGAGCUCAGAAGUGCUGCGGGAGUUGCCCACGAGAUUGUGCUAAUCCUGUCAGAGAGAGGUCUGGAAGAUGCCCUAUACCACCUCAAGGUACUGUGACAACCUGUGAAUUACGGUGUAUGAAUGACUAUGAAUGCCCCUGGCCCAAGAAGUGCUGCAAAUAUGGGUGCAAGACAGACUGCUUCUACCCUGUCUAAGAGCCCUGAAAGAGGUCCAGCACCAAGGACAGCGCCCAGUCCUGACUUCUCCACAGGGGUCUCUGAGCUGGCCCUGGGAACUGAAGACCUCCUCCUGGAGCCAGCCGUCUCCCUGCUCCUUCUUCCUCCUCCUGGAGCCCAUUUCACUCAAGUUCCCCUUUGCUAUUUGCAAUAAAUAAACCUGGAUAUUUGCACCUGAA